GAAGUGGCGAAACAUUACUUACGAUGUAACUGUCCCCGAUGGCUUAAAAGCUAGGCGUUCGGUUGUACAUUCCUCCGAGGGAAUCAUGCAAGCAAGCCCUGGACACAUUUGGGAUGCUGUGGAGUUGUUAACUUUUCUUUUUCUCAUAUUAAAUGGCGAGGCUUUGCUGGUGAGCGCUCAGGAGGGUAAUGGCUGUGGACACACAGUCCUUGGUGCCAAGAGUGGAACUUUGACCUCUCUGAAUUACCCUGGCACAUACCCUAACCACACCCAGUGUGACUGGAGGGUACAGGUGCCACGGGGAGAGACGCUCCGCCUUUACUUCGGGGACUUCAACUUGGAGGAGAGCAAGAACUGCCAGGCAGGGUCCCUGACCAUUGCUGACAGUGGGGGAGUCGUGAUACUGGGCCCAAUAUGUGGACAUUUGGAUGCCGCUGGCAGGAAUGUGACGGUGAACAGCAACGAGGUGACAGUGCGCUUUGUCUCCGGCACGCACCGCUCUGGACGAGGCUUCCUCAUGUCCUACUCCACCAAUGAGCACCCAGAUCUCAUAUCAUGUUUACACAAAGGGACCCACUUUUCCUCUGAGCGCUUCAGUGUGUUCUGUCCUGCGGGGUGUAAGGAUGUGAAGGGGGACAUCUGGGGUCAGUCUGAACCAGGCUACAGAGAUACCUCAGUGCUGUGUAAAGCUGGCGUCCAUGCGGGGGUGUUAUCGGACAGCCAGGGAGGCCUGGUGCGCGUGUCUCAGGAGAGAGGCAUCACCAUGUACGAGGCCAGCUUCGCCAACGGCGUCCUCUCCAAGACGGGGCCGCUGUCAGAUAAGAAGCUUGUCUUCACCAAAGCCUGUACGGGGCACUUGGCAGUGAUGACAUACAACAUGUCCACGGUGUGGGAGGACCCGGGCAGCUCGGGCCAGCCCGUCCUCUGGAUGCCCGGCGCCAGCGAUGCCAGGGGGCAGCCUCUGCAGUGGGCGGCCAACACUGGCGACAGGGAACCCUGGCUGGAGCUUGAGCUGCGGGAGAGGAGUACCGUCACAGGAAUAAUAACGAAAGGAACAUCCAGAUUCUUCAUAGAGUCUUACUCCCUGAUGUACAGCAAAGACCGCAAGACCUGGAAGUUCUACAAGGCUGCGCUCAGUAAAGACAAAAAGAUGUUUGAGGCCUAUUCUGACGGUCACACGGUGGUCCUAAACAGCCUGUUUCCUCCAGUGGGGGCACGCUACCUGCUCCUGCGACCCCUCACCUGGCACCUGAGGGCCUCGGCCGGGGUACAGGUGCUGGGCUGCCCCAUGCCACGUGGGCGCUCAGCGGGCAGGGGGCCACAGCCGACAGAACAGCUACCUCUGGAGCCGGUCACCACGAAGAGUCCACCGGUGCUAAUCCAAACCUCCGACCAGAGUCCCAGUCAGCCAAUGGUUGUGGCCGUGGGCAUCGUCCUUGGGUUACUGCUCUGUGUGGGCUGUCUACUGGCAGGGCUGUGGUGGAGGAAAAGGAGAAGAAAGGCCCAGAUGAAGAAAUGCUCUUUGGAUAAAGAUUGCCAAGGGUUCCACAUAAAGACCACGAGCGUGGAUUCGGAGCUGGCGUCCUACCCUCUAACCAGGAGCGUCCACGAUGCCCUUCCCAACCCUCCCCUCAACGACUACGCUGAGCCGGACGUGCUCUCCAGUGGCUCCAAGAUGGGCUCCACCUUCCGCCCCCCGCUGGACGAGGGCUACACCACGCCCUUCGCCCUCAACCACUACGACACCCCCGGACGACUCCCCGAGUACGCCGAGCCCCUGCCCCCCGAACCUGAGUACGCCACACCCUUCGGCGAGCAGCCCAUGGACCCCUCUCUGGCUCCCCCUCUGGCCAUGCUGCAGAACAGCGUGCACCUCGCUCACCACGGCGUACGGAUCGUUCCGGGGCCGGCCCGCUACGACAGCCCGCCUCAGAAGGCUCUGCCGCACGGCUACUGCAGCCCGGCGCCCGUCGGCGCCAGCGGCGGGCAGAGGGACAGUGUGGUGUACGCCGAACCACUUCCUGUGGCGCCCCUGCUGGCGCACACCUACCACGAACCACUGUGAAACAAAAAAGCACACCUCAGACCACUGCAGCCAGGGCACGGGCAGCCACGCUCACACACCUUGGACUGGCCGACGCAACCGGCUCUAAUGGCUGCACACACUCUGUGUACAGAGGAGAGAGAGAGAGAGAGAGAGAGAGAAGAGAGAGAGAGAGAGAGAGUUAACCACACACCGGGGACUGAGAGACAUGCCAAGAGCUGGGCCACCACGCUCUGCUGCCUAUUAGUUAAGCCCUCACAAACAGUGCAUGGAGACAUGGUGUCGAGCGCUACUGUGGUGGUGGUGUUAAGGUCAAUGAGAAACUAAACACCAUGCAAAGCACCACUAUGCCGGCGGAGGCUGCGUUGCGUCUCUGUUCACCUGUGAGUGCUCCAACCACACUGUAUGUGGAGAUAUAUGUUGUUCAUUAUACCAUACGGUUUCAUUGACUAAUAUAAUGACUGAAGAAUUAAGUAGACUGAAUCCAAUCUGAAUAUUUCAGGUAAUUUUUGUGAAGUCUGAUGUCAUAACUAAAACUUGGACUUAUUUAAUUGCUAAUGUAUCUGUGUGUGUGUGAGGGUAUGUGUGUGUGUGUGUGUGUGUGUGUGUGUGUCGCGAAUGCGUGCAUUUCUAAAUGAAAUGUACAGAAUACUUCUAUGUGAAAGUUGAAAACUAUAUGGCAGCUAUCUACUUAAAUCUGCCUCUGGAUACUGAAUAGGGCACUUUUGACAAACUGCUGUCAGGGUUUGAAGUGUUUUAUAUGGAACAUUAAUAAUAAAGAUUUUAUACAAAUCCUACAGUAAAA